AAGUUUUUUACAACCUUUGCCGAUACAAUUUUUGCCUGUGAUAAUUUGAUCGUUGCAGAUUCCGAGGAGUUUGGUUUCUUGACCAUAAGAUCCGGUUCUUCUCUGCAGUACGCAUCCGUUUACGUCGAAGAUUUCAAGCUUUACUUCUGCAGCUCAACGGACAGCCUAUCUGCAGUGAUCACCGACGACGGAAAACUCAAGCUACUCGGACAACAAGUAUGCCGCACUAAUUCGAACGGCUCUCUCAUCGAGAGUUUCGAAGAUGAUGCUGCCACUGGAUUUUCCAUAUCCGACGGCUACCUUUCUUACGGUAAAAAGGACGGUUUCACUGCAAUCCCGUCCGGGAACAGGUACUUGGUCUCUACUCAUGGCUCGAGUUCAAAUGACAUUGGUGUGGACGUCAGAGCCGCUUCAUUGACAUCGGAAUCCUCUGUCUCUGACUUCAGGCCAUAUUCCACCUCUUCGGUGAGUCUCUCCACUUCUUCCACCUCUUCGACGAGCCUCUCCAGUCCUGCCUUCCAAUCUGCUGCCCCAGCAACGAAGACCGCCCCCAUUUCUCAUUUCAGUGACGGUCAAAUUCAAGCCACGUCUGCACCUAGCAGUUCCAGGGCUAUUACACCGUAUCUACAGUUUCACAAAUCUUAG